AACAUGACAUAAGAAAAUCACUCUUACAUUUCAACACUAAAGAAUUUCAAAUUAAUUCAUAAUUUUCAUGUGAUUCAUUUCAAAUUGAAUUUUUCAAUGAAAAAAACGUGAAAAUGGAGAAUAUUCAAACAAACGAAGACAUGCAAUCACAUACAUCGUAUAAAACCACUGAAAAAGAGAAUGAAUUUUGUCCACCCGAGACGCCAAAAACCAACAACUAUUACAUGUUACUGGAAGAAAUGUGUGAAAUCAACAGGUUACCAUUGUCAUUGCAUCGUCUGCUUGGCAAUUUGAUUCAGAAAGACGUCAAGUCGCCUAGUGAGCUCUUAAUCGCAGUAGUCUACUAUUUAUUUCUUGAAUCAGGAUUUGUGCCGCUUACUCUACGAAGCGAACAACGUUCCACCAUCCGAACGCAUUGGGGCUUUAGUUUUAUUGCUCAAGUUCCAGAUUAUUCAUGCAUUCUUGCCGCCGAUGAAAUAGUGGAACAACAUCGAAAAUGUGCAGAGGCCACAACGGAACAAAAUUACGAAUUUAAAUUGAAUUUGUUGGGUCAUUCGGACAAAGAGAUGCCACUGAUCAUUCGAAAGAUAUUCGGUGGAGGUGUUUUGUGUGUAAACCUUUCAUUGGGUGAAUCCAAUCAAUGGAGUAGCAUUGUAUUGUCUGUGAAUGAAUUCAUUCCAGCGAAUGAAAGCUACGACAUCAAUCUUAUCGAAGAAAAUCCACAAAAGUACUUCACAAAUGUUCGAAAACUGAAUGAACAUGUUAAGCAAAUGCUUAUUGCGCCAUUACGAAAUAUGGUGAUGUAUGAAAGUGCCUAUCCAAAUGCUGCAUUACACGGAAUGCCAAAGGAGGUAUUGUCUGCACUAUUUGGUUAUUUUCGUGCGGAUCUGAAAACAUUGCAGAAAAUUUCACAAACAUGUGUCUAUCUACGAAAUAUGGCCAUUUCAUUCCUGCAAGAGUCAAAAAUACAACUGAAACAUCGACGACCAACACCAAUGAUUUAUGACGCAUCCGAUCACAUCAAUCGACCAUAUUCAAGAUAUCGCAUUUUUAACGAUAUUCCCGAAUUAUUUUUCCAUCGAUAUCAUCCACAAAUUUACCAUUAUCCAAAUCGAUGAUUUCGUUUUUAGAGAUUAAGUUUGAUUUUUGAAUCGAGUUAUAUGUACCGAGGCCACUUUCCUUGUAUUCAGGUGCGGCACUUGAAAAAUAGCUGAGGGAACUCCGGUGCCACUAUCAGAUUUGGUUUUAUUAACCGAAAAAAUCCGAAACCCACUCUUUAUAAGGAUAUUUAUCAUGGCCAUAAUCAACACAGUUCAUCAAUGCUUGUUCUGUGCAAAAACAUUUGGCACGGCCACUGAAAAAGACGACCAUACCUUAGAACAUUUUGCCCAAGAAACAUGCAGAGAUUGCGAUCAGAAACUGCUUCGAAUCGGUGGCAGUUUAUACACAUUACACAAUUCGAUAACCUGUAUCAGAGGUCAAGACGUGAAAGUAGAGAAAGAUAUCGCAAUGUCGCGUUGCGGCAAUGAAUUUAUGCAGUCAACUGAAAAUCAAAGUGACAAGUUUAGCGCGACUAACGAUAUCGAUUAUCUUUCAAAUUCACCGAUUGUCGAAAUGAGAAAACUACCAAUCAAACCAGAGCCUAUAUUGAAGCCAUCCGAACCAGAGAAUGUACUACAUCAGCUGGAACAUGGAUUGAAUAAUCAUCCUGAGAGAAUUGAGAAUGAAAUUGACUCAGACGGUAUCCUUGAACAUGACAAUUAUUCAGAAAACAUUGAGACGGUCACAAGCAAUACACAAAAUGACGUCAAAGGGAAUCAAAAUAAAAAAGAACGUGUCCAAUGUGAUUUGUGUGGAAAACUGAUAGCAAAAAGUUAUUUGUUGCAACAUAAGAAAAUGUUGCAUCGGGCUCCCGAAUUAUCGGGUUGUACGUAUUGCUGCAAAAUAUUCACAAAAGAUGGGCUUAUCAGCCACAAUACGGUGUGUUCGUCAAGAAGAAAAAAUCCGGUCGAAUACAAUUGUGAUAAUUGUAACAAGAUUUUCCAUUCACCGCAACGUCUCAAUACUCACUCUUAUUUCAAGCAUAAGGUUGUGCGGCCGGGAUGUUUGCUUUGUAAAAUAUGUAAUCGAAUUUUUUCGAAUAAAAUGGAGCUAUCGAAACACAAGCCGGAAUGUGAGCUGAAAAAGCAUAACAGAAAACUUCGGCAACUUGGCAAAUUUUCGUGUCCACUUUGCAACAAAACUUUUGGCUCAAGACCCUCCAUUCGGCAACAUAUAAAUUGGAUUCAUAACGAAAACAGAAAAAUUGCAUGUGAAAUUUGUCAUGAAUUACAAACCAAAGCCACAAUAGAAGAACACAAACGAUUGCAUAAAGUAUCAAAAACAUAUGCAUGUCACAUUUGUAGCAAAAUAGUUGCGAAUGAAAAAGAGCUCAUGUGUCACAAGCAAAAUUGUGUGCUUGAAUUUAAAUGUGAUAUUUGUAAAAAAGUAUUUAAUACAAAAGUUUCAAUUCGCCAACACAUCAAUUGGAUUCAUAAUCCCGAGUAUAAGAAAAACAAUCAGGUUGCUUGUGAUAUAUGCAAUAAAUUGAUGAACAAACCGGCAUUGGAAGGUCAUAAGAUUCGAAAGCACAGCAAAAAAGGCACAAUCUUUUGUCGGUUGUGCACGAAGAUUUUUUCAAACGAAAUUGAACUUGCGAUUCACAAACAGGAAUGUCUAGUGAAAUUCAAUCAACAGGAUAACAACAAAAUUGGUAAAUAUAAAUGUGAUUUAUGCCACAAGAUCUUUAAUGCCAAGCGAUCACUUGGGCAGCACAAACGAAUCAGUCAUAAACUUAAAGGCAGACAAAAAUGGAAAACAAUUGUUUAA